AUGAUAUCCUCCUCUUCUCGAUCGUCCACGGCGAACCCGCGCUCUGAUUCUCCUCACAUGAACUCUAACUCGAGCAUCCGACCCAGAAAGCAGCGACCCAGUCUGCUAGACGACCAGCAACAAGAGCUUACGAGUGCCUCUGGGAGCAGAGCAAGCAGCAGAGAGGGACGGCGAGGCGCCAGCCCUAUUCCGCAGAAACACCCAAGCCGGAAGAGUGUUCUCGCGGAAAGAGAGAGGGAUGGCCAGACGGUGAGGGGCUAUCUGGCCCCGGGGGGCAAUAAGAAUGGAUGGGGGAGUUUGAGUGCCGGUAACUCCAGAUCCGCGAGUCCUGCUGCGGGAGGAGGCUUGUGGAAUACUGGUUGGAUGACUAGUGCCCUCCAACAGGUUGCUACUUCGGUUUUGGGAAGCAUGUCCCCGGAGGAGGAGGCAGCUGGUCACGGAUAUGGAGGAGCCAAGGGGAAGGUCAGGCGGCGAGCGGGCAGUGGAGCAACGAAGAGGGCUACGCUUGAUCAAUGGGGCGUCGAGCCGGACGCGGGGAACAACUUGCAGGAAAGGGAAAUCGGAAUUGGGAGCACCCAAGAGCGAGAAGCUGCAGUGAGGGCGAAGAAGACGCAGCGAAUUUUGGAAGGCAGGGACGAUGAUAGUAAGAUCUUGGAUACAAAUGGGAAUUACAAACGGCGGUCGUCAAGCGAUGGCCAGAGGCCGUCUACUGUGCAGGACGAAGGCGAUGCACUGGUUUACAUCCAUCACGUACAAAAGCAGGAUACACUUGCAGGAGUGGUAUUGAGAUACAAUUGCCCCAAAGAGGUCUUUAAGAAGGCCAAUGGAUUGUGGUCGGAAGCCGGGUUGCCAUUUCGGAAAACAGUUGUCCUCCCCGUCGACGCUUGCGCGAUUAAGGGACGACCUUGUGACCCUCCUGAAGUUGAUCCCCCAUACCAAGGAAUUGACCUCCUAGCUCCGACAACGGGAAUGGAAGAGCAUCCUUUUACCAAUAGCGAUACUUGGCCACCGACGUCAGCAUCUUUGGAAAUGUCUGCAGAACGUUCCGAAGACGAUAAAAAACCGUGGACUCAUGUAAGAUGGGUAUUGAUUGAUUCCUCGCCAAACUCCAAACCCGUUGAGAUUGGAAGGAUGUCACAGAAAACUCUUGGAUACUUUCCUCCUCGCCGGCGAAAGAGUUUGCAUACUUCCGCCGUUUCUACCCCUCGUGGUUCUUUGGAUUUGAACCGCCUUUCUUUAUUAUCACAAUCCCCCCAUGACCCUUCUCUUAGCUCGGCCAGCAGUCCCUCCAGACGGACUAGUAAUCUUGGCCCACAAACCUCGCAACCUCUGAAUUCAAUCGCGAGUUAUUUUACCGCUUCCCAGCCUACUACUGCUCACGGUCACCGCCGUCGUGAGAGCGUGGGUGAAGCUGCGAAUCGACUUGGAUGGAUGCGAGGACCAGGUGGAGUAGGUACGCUUGGUAAAAAUGUACGCAGACCAGGACCCUCAAACGAUGGUCUGAACACCUGGGCGAACAAACACAUUCCGGGUCUUGCCAUUGACGAUCUGCCUAGCACCAGUCUCAUGGGCGCAGAGACUGCACAGUUUGGAUUCAGCGAUGAGCUUGCUGCCAUUGCCGAGGGCCCGAUUCAUGGCACUGCAAGUGAAACGACAACUCCGGGAAAUAUGGGCUUAGAGAAUGCUGCAGCUGCAGUGGAGGGAUUCUUUAGAAAGCUGGUCGUCAAAGGGCCAGGUACACCAAGACUAGGACCUCGGAGAGAAAGUGAUCUCAUUGAGCUGCUUGAUGGAGCUUCGAGUGAUGAUGGAAGGGGUUUCGAAAUCAGCCCUGGGAGGGUGAGGAGCUCAACACCUUUGGGAAGUGGAAGGGAAGACCUGGAAGGAGUGUUAAGGGGAAGAAGUUCAGCUGGGACUAAAGGGGGAAAGGGUGAUUGA